UAAUCAAUUACAUACCUGGUCUCAUUGGCCACGACGACGACGACGAACUCAGCAUAUAUACUCGACAUAAGGUCAUGAAUCAGACACGAUAGACAAAAUGUCCUCUCUAAGAUAUGGCUUUCGCUGUCUUAGAGAUCUUCGGCCAACUAUAACUCGACACUCUCAAUCUAUAAGAGCCGUCACGAAUUCGCAAUCGCGCCGAACACUAGCGACGAACACAGAUGGCCAAAGAGAUGAUAUAGAUUCUUUCAGCCGGCUUAUGCAGGCUGUUGACCGAAGUCCUGAGGCAGAUUCUGUCCAGGUAGCCUACCGGCGUCCCAUGCCGGUUUCCCCAUCCUACUUCUCGCGUCAAACAGCAUUCAACGACAGUUUCGUCUUGGUUCAGGACCUUGCCCGAAAAUAUGGACGCCUUCCCACCGCCGCCCCAAACCAAAUUCAGCGGGUAGCAUGGAAGACGAGAGAGCAGUAUCGAUUAUCAGUUGGUGAAGGAGUAAAAGCGAGAGACUUCGCGACCUGCAUCAAGCUAGUUAAGAGAUUAAGUCAGAUUCAUCCUGACUUGAUGCCUGAGGAGGUCACCCAGGGUCUUAAACCAUUCAAGCGAGAUAUCAACGUAUACCUCAACAAAGCAAAGCAAAUCCCAGUCGACAGGUUUGGUAGAUCACACGGCGUCGGCAGACGGAAAUCUUCAGUUGCCAGAGCCUGGCUUGUAGAAGGGACAGGAGAUGUCCUUAUUAAUGGGAAGGCUAUCAGCGAUGCAUUUGGGAGGAUUCACGACCGAGAAAGCGCGCUUUGGGGCCUGAAAACAAUGGAGAGAAUGGACAAAUAUAACGUAUGGGCUCUCGUGGAAGGCGGUGGAACCACUGGACAAGCUGAAGCGCUUGCAAUGGCUAUUGCCAAGGCCCUGGCCGUUCACGAGCCGGCAUUGAAGGCACCUCUAAGGAAAGCUGGUUGCCUUACUCGUGAUCCGAGAAAGGUUGAGAGGAAGAAGCCUGGCCACGUCAAAGCGAGAAAGAUGCCCGCAUGGGUCAAGAGAUAGAGCGACCUACGUAUGAAAUUUUGCAAUAAGAUCGGCCAACCAGAGUUCUCUGCGGUCCUUGAGCAAGCUAGAAUCGUCGAAG